AUGACAGCGUCCGAUGCAACAGAUGUCAAAGUAGUUGUGGUUGGAGAUUCUUCAGUUGGAAAAUCGGCAAUUCUCAAAAGAUUUUUCGAUAAAAAAUUCGAGGAAUCAACAGCAUUCACUAUAGGAAUCGAUUUCCGCCAUAUCAGUUACUAUUUGGACGACGGAACGAAAGUUCGUCUUUGUGUGUGGGACACCGCCGGUCAAGAGAGAUUCCGUCAGCUCGCUCCUUCUUAUGUUAGGGACGCUCAUGUCAUUCUCGUUGUUUUUGAUCUCACCGCUCCAAAUAUUUUGGAACAAAUAGCGCGGUGGACGUUAUUUGUCGAUGGGGAGAGAGAAGAAGGUGCCCUGAUUGUAUAUGUUGGUAACAAAUGUGAUCUCAAACAAAGGCGUCAUGAUCCUUCAAUAAUUACAAGAAUGAUGGCAGAAUAUGAGGCACCUUAUGUGGAAACUUCUGCAAAGACGGGAUUUAAUGUCGAUGAGCUUUUCUCAAUGGUUGCGCACAUGCCUUUCCCCACUCGUCAAAGAUGCCAAUCGGCACCAAUCCGACUCUCAUCGAUAUCAAAUGGCACUACCUGGCGACCAUUGGGCUGUUGUCAGUGA